UUUCCCUAUUUCAAAAUCCUCUAUGGCUGUAACCCUCUCAAAACCACGACUCUCCUCCACCUUCCUUUUUCUCUGUACUCUGCUCUGUUUCUCAAUUGCUCUUGUUGUCUCUGCAAAAUCUGAUGGCUUCUCAAACAUCAUAUCACCAGCAAAACUAGGCCUCAAGCGAGAGAAACUCACCCACCUUCACUUCUACUUCCAUGACAUAGUCAGCGGACGAAAUCCCACAGCUGUUCGAGUAGCCGACGCAGCCAUGACAAACAAAUCCCAAACUGGUUUCGGUGCUGUAGUGAUGGUCGAUGAUCCUUUGACGGUUGCACCCGAGCGCAACUCCAAGCUUGUGGGAAAAGCACAAGGAAUAUACGCUUCUGCAGCACAAGAAGAAGUUGGUUUGUUAAUGGUAAUGAACUUUGCUUUCAUGGAAGGCAAGUAUAACGGUAGCUCCCUUAGUCUUCUAGGUCGAAACACCGUCUUCUCAACCGUGAGGGAGAUGCCAAUUGUUGGUGGUAGCGGUCUUUUCCGGUUUGCUCGUGGCUAUGCUCAGGCAAAGACUCACAUAUUUGAUAUUAAAUCAGGGGAUGCUGUUGUGGAGUACAACGUCUAUGUCUUCCAUUAUUGAUAUGGUGAUCGAUGCCUUUGGUUUUUGUGGCCUCUGUUCCUCUGUUAAUUGUUCUCUUUUUGUUUUCUUCUUGUGUAACUUCAUCCUUUGGCUUUAGGUUGUAUGCCUUGGGUCACCUUAUGUUGAUCUGGUUCAUGGGAU